CCUCAAACCCCUAAACAAACACCACAUAAGCACACUCCUUUUGCCACAGCCUCCGCUCCUUCACACAACCUCUCCUCUUCUUCUUAUCUCUGUCGGAACCUGGCGUCAUGUCCGCCCUCCACCGCCGCGGAUCCGCCGUCCUUCAAACCGCCACCACGAUCGCCACCCCCAUCUCAACUAUUGUUACCAUCGGUACCAUUUCCUGAAAUCCCGGCCCUGUCUCUUCAUCUCUUAAUCUCAUACUGCAAAAAUAAUAAUAACAAGAAUUCACUUUCAAUAAACAAGAAAGGAAAAUAAGCUUAAAAAUGGCUGCUAUGAAGAGCUAUAGCGUGUGCUUGAGGGAGUCUGCCCUCCAGCUUCCGCGCCAUAAUUGCGUUGAUAAUUACAAGAGGAGUGGAAAAUGGAGGCCUCCCCAAGCUGCUGUAAAGCCUAAUUUGCAUCUUCCGAUGCGCAGCUUUGAAGUUAAAAACAUGACAUCAGCAGAGGAUAUGAAAUCUCUUAGAUUGAUAACAGCCAUCAAAACCCCAUAUCUGCCUGAUGGUAGAUUUGAUCUUGAAGCGUAUGAUGCGUUGGUGAAUAUGCAGAUUGCUAACGGCGCUGAAGGUGUUGUAGUUGGUGGCACAACUGGUGAAGGUCAGCUGAUGAGCUGGGAUGAACACAUAAUGCUUAUUGGCCACACCGUCAACUGUUUUGGUAGCUCAAUCAAGGUGAUCGGAAACACUGGAAGUAACUCUACAAGGGAAGCGAUUCAUGCCACAGAGCAAGGUUUUGCGGUCGGAAUGCAUGCUGCUCUUCAUAUCAAUCCAUACUACGGAAAAACCUCCGUGGAGGGCAUGGUUUCUCAUUUUGACAGCGUGCUCCCUAUGGGCCCAACUAUUAUAUACAAUGUGCCUGGCAGGACUGGCCAAGAUAUCCCCCCACGCGUUAUUCAUGCUAUAGCUCAGAGUCCGAACUUGGCAGGCGUUAAGGAAUGUGCUGGUAAUGACCGGGUUGAACAGUAUACAGAUAAAGGAAUUGUGGUGUGGAGUGGGAAUGAUGAUCAGUGCCAUGAUGCAAGGUGGAACCAUGGGGCAGCUGGAGUGGUUUCUGUUACUAGCAACUUGGUUCCGGGUUUAAUGCGCAGACUUAUGUUUGAGGGGAAGAAUACUGAACUAAGUUCAAAACUCCUGCCCCUUAUCGACUGGCUAUUUCAGGAGCCGAACCCCAUUGCAUUAAACACAGCUCUUGCUCAACUUGGGGUUGUUAGACCAGUUUUCAGACUGCCAUAUGUGCCUCUUCCUUCGGCUCAGAGGAUAGAAUUUGUGAAUUUGGUUAAGAAAAUUGGCCGGGAGAAUUUUGUAGGAGAAGAAGACGUUCAGGUUCUUGAAGACGAUGACUUCAUCUUGAUAGCUCGUCUGUCUUAGUUAGUCAGUUUCGCUUGUUGAGAGUUCUAGUGUGGGUUCGCCUAUUUCUGGUAACAAUUAAAAUAAAUAUUUGUAAGAUUACAAUAAACAUUUGUAAGAAAAAAAAAAGGAAGCCAUAAUUCCCCCUUUUCUA